AUGCGAGAAAUGCUGGAAAAGUUUGAUUAUGGAUAUAAUACAACGUUCGUUUCUUUUUCUCCUUUAUACACUUUGACAGAUUUGGGGAAGUUGCAGGAAAAAGAAAGCCGUAGACAUCAAAACAAUCGCAAUGUCCAGGAGGUAAAUUGCAGGUUGUUAUUUGAAGGAAGUGAAAAAGAAAUUCUGAAAGCUAGGAAUUCGAACCUGAACGAAGAAAGACUCAGACAGCGUAUCAUUUCUCAAACGAAGAAUUGUAACAAAUUCAUAGAUAAUAGAGGAUAUAUAAUGGACUCGCUGUCGGAAGAGGAGAAAAAUUUUCCUAUUGCCUAUGGUAUUAUGGUGUACAAAAACCCAGAACAAUUCGAAAUUCUUUUGAGAGCUAUAUACCGUCCUCAAAAUUUUUACUGUGUCCACGUAGAUAGGAAAACAAGUGAAAAUGUCUAUCAAGAGUUUGCGAGUAUAGUAAAUUGUUUCCCAAAUGUUUUCCUGUCGUCUCAGAGAGUGGUCGUGAAUUGGGGGGAAAUGGGUGUUUUGCUGUCACAGAUAACUUGUAUGAUAGACUUGUUGAAGCAAGGAAAAUGGAAGUAUUUUAUUAAUUUAACAGGCCAAGAAUUUCCUCUCCGAACCAACCAUGAGCUGGUAAAGAUAUUAAAGAUAUACAACGGAUUUAAUGAUAUAGAGGGUACGAUUGACAGAACGAAAAUAUUUCGGUGGGCCUCGGCAGGAUGGCCGCCUCAUCAGAUUCGCCUCGUUAAAGGAUCAGUGCUAAUCACAGCUAGUAGGGAGUAUGUACAGUAUGUGAUCAAGAGUAGAGUGGCCUUCGAUUUUUUAAAGUGGGUAAGAAAUACAGAACUGCCGGAUGAAACGUUCUUUUCUUCACUGAACCACAACCCUCAGCUAGGAAUCCCCGGAAGUUACAAGGGAAAACCGCAAAAAGACCCACUCCUCAAACCGUUUCUGACCCGAUUUGUCAACUGGUAUGGUACUGAAUUCCCAUGUGGAGGGGAAUACGUGACCGACGUCUGCAUCCUCGGAAUAACCGAUCUUCCUCUUCUGGCGAGGCGGCCUGAGUUAUUUGCCAACAAAUUUUAUGUAAACAAUCAACCUUAUACGUUAAGGUGUUUAGAGGAGUUACAUUUUAAUAGAACGAGGGAUGAAUAUUUUGGAAAACUGCACUUUCAGACUGAUUAUUAUGAGAGUUUAAAAUUCAUCAAAAAUAUUGUAAAAUGACUUUUCUUUC